CUUUAAAAAGGGAAAAUAACAGAAAAAGAUUGAAAAGAUGAAUAUACUCAAAAACACAAAUAGGAUACAAGAACCCCAAAAAUAAGAACAUAUAAACUGUACUAAGAUUCUAUUAGCCAAAUUCUCUCCCUAAACCCUAUGAAGCUCCAGUGUUUUAUUCGGAGAAUCCUUCUUGCCAGAAAGUGAGCAACCUUUUAGCCCAUUGAAUUUCGAGCUAUUCUUCCUCUUACCAUUCAUCGCUGGUUUCUGUUAUCAAAUCUAGAAUCCACGUACGAAUUAGUCGGUGAAGGUCGCCGGCAGCCGCCGGCCUCGACCGCGAAGGCGGCGCUUGCACUAGUCUCCGUAGAUGGCGGUCGUUUUACAAGCACAGGAUGCAGUGGAUUGGGCUUAUAGAGGAGAAGGGGCUGUAAACUUGGUUCUUGCUUACAUUGGAAGCUCGCCUGAUUUUGUAGGGAAGGUGUUAAGGGUACCAAAAGUUCCAAAUAAAGGAUCUGAAUGUGAGAAUGGUCAUUCACCUCUAACGAAGCUUGAGCACAUCCUGUGGGGAGAAUUCGAAGGCAUUGUUUCAGCUCGUAAUAGGGAAAUUGCAGAGCAACUUUAUGUGCAAAAAGUAAUGUGCCCAUUGCUGGGUCCUGAACAUGUUGAUGCUGGGAUCCGACUUAUUGUGUCGAAAGAAUUUUUGGAGGCGGUUGAAAACAAAGUUCUUCUCCAGCGUCCUUCUUGGAGGGUUGAUGCUGCAAAAGUUAACUCCUUGUGUGAUUCAGUUCUUCUCAUUGCUGACCAUUCCAUAUUUCCUCGUGUUUCAGGUACUCUGAAAGAAGACUUCUCCGUGUCUGUUGAGAUAAAGCCCAAAUGUGGAUUUCUUCCUAUUUCCGAAUUCAUAGCUGAAGAAAAUGAGGUCAAGAAAAGAAUAACUCGCUUUAAAAUGCACCAAGCUUUAAAACUACGUCAAGGGAAGAUUGGCAUGUACCUAAUGCAGAUUCUUCAAAUGCAGAUAUCCCAAAUAAGUAAAUAUAAUCCACUGGAUUUGUUUUCUGGGUCCAAGGGCAGUGUACAAAAUGCAAUUAAAUCCCUGUUUCUCACCCCUCAGAAUAAUUUUCGGGUAUUCCUAAACGGUUCACUUAUAUUCGGCGGCAUGGAUGGUUCUGCUGACAGUCCAAGUUACAUGGUUGAUCGAGCAUUCCAGGAUGGGAUUAAACGUGUUAUUGUGGCACAAGAUGGUAUGCACACUAAAUAUUUCAUGGAACUCGUUGCUGAAACUAUAAUGAAGUCUGGCUUGUUGAAUCAGCUUCUUCAAGUCCAAAAGCUUGAUGCUUUUGAUAUUGAAGGUGCCAUUCAUGCUUACUAUGAUGUAGUUUCCAAGCCUUGUAUGAUAUGUCAUGAAAAAGGUAGAAGGAAACUAUCGGGAAGAUAUUCAUCUAUACAUGCAAUGACAAGGGAUGAAAAAUUUAAAGUUGUGAGGGAUUACUUGAUAUCUGCCACUGGAAAGGACCUAAGUGUGAUGAUUAGUUUUAGACCCAGAAGAAAUAAUGAUCUGGCAUCUCCUCAUGUUGUCUUUCUGGAGUCAACCAAUCAAGCUUUUGAUUACAAGGCAUCAUUCAUCGACCUGGACAUGAAACCACUGAAGAAAAUGAAGCAUUAUUAUGAGUUGGACCAGCAGAUAGUCAGAGCAUAUGUCCAGAUGGUAAAAGAUAAGGAAGCGAUGGAUUAUGAGCACUGAAGAGUGUCUUCAAAUUUGCAUCUGCCGAAGUGUUAAGAAAAUGCCGAGAGUGCAGAUCAAGUGAGGAGUUCAAAAGAAAGAGAUGUGCCAGCUUCUUUCUCUUGCGAGAAAUUGAUGAAUCAACAACUCUCCCUUUUCCAUCUCACGGGAAAUAUAUAAAUCUAUAGAGCACAAUUUUGGUCUGAUUUACCGUGGAAGUAGCUUGCUGGAAGAUGUAUUAUCCGUAGCCUGUGAACUCUAAGCCACAAGGCAGCCUAUUCAGUGGCCAUUUUCUGUCUGUGGUUUAUGUAUUUUAUCUGUAUCUUAAAUGCUUUGCUACAUUUUCGGAUAGUGAAAAGUCUGACAAUGUUUGUUAUAUUUUGUAAUUCGACUAAUAAUAUUUAGUCCCAGCCGUAGCAAGUUGAUUUUGGAGCAAAAUUUGAUUUCUUGAUUGAUGCAGCGUGAAAUUCUGACUUACAUUUUUAGUUCAUCUUGUGAUUGAGAAAUUUUCCAACUCUUCAACUGAAAUGUGUUAUAUUUUUGACACUAGGUAGUCGUUUCUUGAGCUUUCUGUACUUCUGAAUGCCCCCAAAGCAAAAUUUGUUUCAUUGUCAUUUGUUCUUUAUUCCCAUACUCCUCGGUAUUUUGCUUCAGGCCUCCAGCAGUUCUCUUCCCUUUCUUCCAUUUUCUUCAUUUUUUUUUUCUUCUUUUUAUUUGGGUGGUGUGGUUGGAUGGGGUUGAUGUGAUGUUCUCUUUCCAGACACUUUUUGAGGUCCUAUGGAGUGUUGGUGAUGAUAUGGCGAAUACUUCAAGUAUUACUGUAUCUAGNGUGUAUUUUUAUUUUU